GCCUUGGGGGUGACUCAGGAAAGGAAUAAUUUGUCUAGAGAAGUGUUUCCCAAUCUGAAGCUGCCAGUUGGACUUCAGCACACAUAAUUCUCAACCAGCAUGCUGGCAAGGGUAUUAAUAUGGGAAGGCUAAUCUAAAUAUGCAGAACAUGUAAUGUUUAAUACCUAUGACUAAUCUUAAUCCCAGCAUGUAGGUCAUUGUCCAGUUGCAGAGAAAACUAAGACACCUUGGAGUGCUUUUCAUUUUAUAUUUAAUGUUCCUGUACAAAAGAAAGCCAUGUUGCUCCAACUGGAUGGGGCUCUAAAACAUUUACUGGUUUUGAACAUCAGGUGCAUCUGUUCAAAUUUUGCUUCUAGUCUAGGUAGCACAAUUCUCUUUUUAGCAAUUGAAAUUCUUCAGAAAUUUUAGCAAUAUCCUUGUGCACGUUUUGAAACAUACUGUUAUGAGAAAUAUAAAACAUUUUCAAAGCUGGGUUGGAUUUUGUUAUGAGCUAUGUUGGGGCUUUGUGAAACACAUUUUCUAGACAAGCACCUUCUUCAGAGUAGUUGACUGCAACUCGGAUUUUUCUGAUCUGGCAGCCAAAGAUACUCUUUAAACAUGAAUGUUCUGGGUUACAAUUGUUACUCAGAAAAUGCUGGAUUUCAUUAAAAAUGAAAAAAUAAAAUUUUUAAAAACUUCUAUCCCUCAUUGUUUAUGGAGCAAGCAAAAACUGAGGGAGUUUGAGGGUGAACCUGCAGGGAUUUGAUGGGAAGCUGUUAAUCUUCUGGAUCCUAAAGUGGUUUACUUCACAGCACUGCUAUCAGUUCCUAAAAGGUGCGAACUGUGUAGUUGUAUGUGCGGUAACAACAUGUCUGUCCCCCUCCUUGCUGAUGCUGUGACCGUUUCAGGGACAGAGCGGGAGACUGCAGCGGUCAUUUUUUUGCACGGGCUUGGUGACACUGGGCACAGCUGGGCUGAUGCUCUGUCUUCCAUCCGGCUCCCUUACGUGAAAUACAUCUGCCCUCAUGCACCCAGGAUCCCUGUCACUCUCAACAUGAAGAUGGUUAUGCCCUCCUGGUUUGAUUUAAUGGGACUAAGUCCGGAUGCACCGGAAGAUGAAAACGGAAUUAAAAAAGCUGCUGAGAACAUUAAAGCUGUAAUUGAACAUGAAAUAAAAAAUGGGAUCCCGGCCAACCGGAUCGUCUUGGGAGGCUUUUCACAGGGUGGCGCCCUCUCCCUCUACACAGCGCUCACUUGCCCCCACCAAUUGGCUGGCGUCGUGGCCCUCAGCUGCUGGCUUCCCCUGCACAAGACCUUCCCUCAGGCUGCAAAUAACGGCGUGAACAAAGACCUCCCCAUUCUGCAGUGCCAUGGCGAGAUGGACCCCAUGGUCCCGGUGCGCUUUGGAGCUCUCACUGCAGAGAAGCUGAAGGGGAUUGUGAAUCCUAGUCGAAUCCAGUUCAGGACCUAUCCAAGGGUGAUGCACAACUCUUGCCCUCAGGAGAUGAUGGCUGUGAAAGAUUUCAUUGAGAAGCUGUUGCCCAGGAUUUAAGCCGUUCUACUCAAGACUGUUCCAGGGAGAGGAGACAGAGGUCACCAGCUUUGAUCUUGAACCCUUGACCUGUUGGCUGCAAUUGGAAGCCAUGGCAAUCCACCUCCACACCAGUCAGUCCGUCUCCUUUCUCGAGCCUUCCCCUCCUGCCUGCACCCCCCCCUUCUGUGCAAAGUGAGGGGAGGGUGCCCCUCUCUGCCACAGGGGGAGUGAAGGUACCAAGCGGUCUUAAGGUACAGCUGAGAUCCUAAUCUUGCAGAUUAUUAUUUUGGUCGCCUUUCAGUAUUUCCCUGUUCUCUCCUCUCUCCUCUCCUGUCUCUUCCCCACCCCACCCCCCAUCUAAACAGAAACUGCCUGUUGUGGCAAAGAACUGCAUGGUAGCCAGAGGCUUAAAGCAAAAGGUAUUAAGAGAUGGUUUUCUGGCUAUUACAGUAUUUGCAAAGGAGCUUUACUACAGUUCAGGCUUCUGUGACCACCAAGCCUCCCACCCCCCCACCCCCCAUGAUGCUCAGCCUGUCCCACUUCAUGUUUCACUGGAACCAACUUAGUGGUGCAGGCAGGCUCAGCUUUCUCUGGCUUGGCAAGGCAGGAAAUCUGUUUCUGGUCCACACGGGCUCUCAUCCUGCCACGCUCGGCACCAUAAACUCUCCUCUGAACUUCCCUCAGCAAAAAGAGGAGGAAGAGUUGUGUUGUGCUGGAGGGCCACAGCCAGUCCCCUGGAUGUAGCCUGUGGCGGCGGCAGCUGUUCCACCAGCCCCUGCACUGACUGGAAUGAUAGAGGUGGAGAGGCCCCGCUGCGCCAGGAAUCACUCCCUGUUGUGUGUUACGGACUGCUCUGCUCUGUUCUGUCCUCUCGUCCGUGCUGCCUUGAUCUGUGGGAUGCUCUUUGUUUUGUUGUUGCAAAGAGAAAGUGGGGGUUCAGGGGAGUGGACUCGCGAUGGCUCCGGUCGCUACACCUCCCUGGAGUACACUCCCUGACAGCUUCCCUUACAGCCCAGGUGCUGCUCCGGGCGCUCAGACAAUGGCUGUUCCUAGCCUGCUAUGCCAGCUUGCGUUCCUGCCCAGUCACAUCAAGCAAGUGCAAGCUGGAUUUUGGUUGUCAGAAUUGUGAACCCCCCUCCCCCCCGCUCCCUGCGUGGUUCCCUGAGUCCAUUGUCUCUUCUUUUCCCCUGGAAAUCAGGCUUCGGCCUCAGAGCAGCGUGCUGUUGAGCAGCAGCGAUGUCCCGUCCCCACCCCCACUCCAGUUAGUCAUCCCUGUGGGCUCAUUGUAGGACUGACAGCCUGGGACAGGAUGCAACUGCAAAAGCAGCAUUUUUCCCCCUUUUCUUUUGGUGAAGGGCUAGUCUUGUCUCGUGUGUCACCCUAGCGUCUGUUCCGUGUGCGGACUCUGCGCCUGUCCUUCUCCCUGUCCUAUGCAGUCCUUUGCAGUGGGCCACAGCAAUAAGAAGAGCACUGAGACGCGGGACUAGGACAAAUCUCUCCCUUUCCCUUCCCGGCUUCUCUGAUGGGGCGGGAACAGGCUUGCCCAGCACGCCACAACCGGUAUUGAGGUUUCACGGUGUUUUGGCAGCUAAACCGAGAGGCUUGCAAGCUGCAACUCCCUCUCUCGCCCUGUGCUUGGCGUUGCAGCCACCAUCACUGAUGCUUUCUGCAAAAUCAGCUCCUCUUCUCUGAAGCUGAACUUGCGGAGAUGAUACGAGUGAGGCUGUAGUGUGGCAAAGUGGAAUCGUCCGGCUCAGGGGUGUGUGGUUUGGGCAGAGGAAGAGGCCUUGCCUCUUUGUGCACCUCCCCCCAGAGCAGAGGAUGGCUCACCUACCGUCACCUCAAGCCGAGCCUGAUUUGUGAGCUGAGGGCAGCUCCUAUUCACGUAGGUAAAAAGUCAAGCCGUGGAGGAGAAGACUGUCUUGAGCGCUUUCAGAGGAGUCUCCUACCCUUGCCAAGGAGACGAAGUGUUCUUCUCAAGAUCAUUUGCGUUGCCCCUGUUUCAAAGGAAUUGCUUCUGCAGCUGUCUGACUUGCACUCGGAGGUGCUGAUGGGCGGGGAAAAAAGCUCAUGCCCAGUCUUGGUAGAGCGCCAGAAAGCAGUGGUCAGAUUCUGAGAGGGUAAAAUGAGUGGUGCCACUUAAUGGACUACAAGUGUGCGCAGAUACCAUUUCUGAAUGCUUC